AUGCCGCUGGUGAAGAGGAACAUCGAGCCCCGGCACCUGUGCCGGGGGGCUCUGCCCGAGGGGGUGACCAGCGAGCUCGAGUGCGUCACCAACAGCACGCUGGCCGCUAUCAUCAAGCAGCUGGGCAGCCUCAGUAAACACGCCGAAGACAUCUUUGGGGAGCUCUUCAAUGAAGCCAACAGUUUCUACAUGCGGAUGAACUCGCUGCAGGAGAGGGUGGACCUGCUGGUGAUCAAAGUAACGCAGCUGGACUCCACCGUGGAGGAAGUUUCACUGCAGGACAUUAACAUGCGGAAAGCGUUCAAGAGCUCGACGGUGCAGAACCAGCAGGUCGUGUCUCGCAACUCCAUUCCCAACCCGGUGAUGGAGAUGUACCAGCGGUGCGACAAGCCCCCACCGCUCAACAUCCUCACACCGUACAGGGACGACAAGAAGGAUGGCCUCAAAUUCUAUACCGACCCCUCCUAUUUCUUCAACUUAUGGAAAGAGAAGAUGUUGCAGGCAACCGAAGACAAGAGAAAGGAGAAGCGCAGACAGAAGGAGCAGCGGUUAGUAGAAGACUCCACCCGGGAGGUGAAGAAAGUGAGGAAAGCCCGUAACCGGCGCCUGGAGUGGAACAUGAUGGCGUAUGAUAAAGAGUUUCGACCGGAUAACAGGUUCUCACCAUCCCCAUAUCACAUGGCAUCAUCGGAAGGAUCACUGUCCCCAGAUAAUAGAUCUUACGCAUCUGACGCAGCCGAUCACUCAUAUCCAGCCAGCCCUAACCACCCCGCGCAGCAGAUGCUCACUCCAGCCUCCCACCUGGCGGCAGACAACAAGGAGGUCGUUCUAGUGGCUAACCAGACCCAGGAACAUGUCUACAGGCCCUCAGCAGCAGGAAGCCGCCAGAACAGCCUCAACCGCAUCCAGCAGCCCCACAUGCCACAACCUCCAGAAGCUAUAUUAAAUGGACCAAGACCUCACUUAGUCAAGGAUUAUGGCCAGCAGCAGAUGCCGAUGGCAGAAUACUUCGUGCCGCCGGCUCCUCCACCCCCACCGCCCGUCAUCCCCUCUGCUCAGACUGCCUUCGACAGCCCCAUCUCAGCGCCCCCCGCCCUGGCACCCGGCGCGGGGCCCUCCACGGCUCACCCCUCCUAUGCGCCCUCGCCACCUCCCGCUCCGCCCUGCCCCUACUCUGCUUCCCCACCGCAGACUGGCCCCAUGGGGCCCCCUGUUGCGCCCCCUCCACCUCCACCGGGUCCCCCUGCCGUCGCUGCCUCACCAGCUCACUCGGCUUCGCCCCCGGCCGUCACCGUGGAGCCUCGGAAACCGCAGAUCCCACUGAUCCCCAUGAGCGACGCCAGGAGCGACCUGCUUGCUGCUAUCCGCAGGGGAAUUCAGCUCCGGAAAGUCCAGGAGCAGUGGGAGCAAGAGGCCAAGAAAGAGCCUGUGGGCAAUGACGUGGCUACGAUCCUCUCCCGCCGGAUUGCAGUGGAGUACAGUGAGUCUGACGAUGACUCAGAACUGGACGAUAAUGAGUGGUCAGAUUAAGAGAGCCUGGGAUGCUGUGUUGGAUGGUAGCUCCUCCACUCUA